UCAGUCUGCUUAUUUUGGCCGUCGUGAUUUCUAGGCGCGGAUAAAUUUUUGGCUCCGGUCGAUUUGCGCUAAAUUCGAAAACAGCAUUUCAAUAUUAUUUUACGACUAAUUCGGGAACACAUCCGCGACUCGCAGUAUAAAAACACAAGAACAAAAACAAAAGUUUUUAAUCGAAAAUUUAAAACGUUCUUUUACAAAAAAACACAAUCGCCGGUGGUGUCGCGUUGCGAUAUAUUAAAGCGACAAUAACAACAACAACACAAAGUGCAAUGGUUUACAAACGAAGUGACAAAAAAGCGUCGCGAGUCAAAAUAAAUUAACAACUUAAUUUCUCAUUCACAUCCAUACAUAUUUCCAAUCGACAAUUCGCGUGUUUUCAUUAAAUAUUUAUAAAAACAAACAGCAAGCAAAAAAGUGUUUCGGGGCCAAUGCUGCAUGAAGGAAAAAACAACGACAACUUCAACAACAACAAUAACAGCAACAACAUCUUGAGUUGUGUUCAACGAGCAAAAACGGAAAACGGCAAACGACGACAAAAGGAAACGCAGCUGUCUGGUCCAAUACUGAGGCAAUUUUAACAACUCUUCGUGGCACACAAAUCCUUGGACUCCGGCGCCAGGCGAACUCGCGAGCGCGAAUAAUUGAAUCAUAAAAGACAGACGAAGACGACAAGGAAGAAGGACGACGGAGCGAGCAAGCAAAUCGUAGCCAACUUCGGUGGCAGGAAAUGUUAACAAAGCCAAGCAAAUAAUUGUUGUAGGAGCCAAAAGGAAGCGGGAACGGGAAAGAGGAAAGCAGAAAGUAGAAAGGGAGCAGACAGGAAGGAGGUAGGAGCUGAGAAAUGACAGCCGCGCUGCUUUAAUUAAAGCUGCUGCGCGGAGGAGGCGCGUGGAGCUGGCAAAGAACAACAACAAUACCAAGAAAAGAAAGAAAAAAGAAACCGAAACGCAUAAAAAGGAAAAAGGAAAUUGAAACGCAAUGUGGCUGAUGCCGCUCUGGACUGUGGACAACAGAACAAAGUGGACGAAAUUGCUUUUGGAACUGAACGAGCAGCGUUUACCGGACAGCGGCGCGCGGCAGACCGUGGGACAUACAUCAUUUUGAUUACAUUUUACCUUUUUUUAACGACUGACACGCAACUCAAAAAUUAGCCAAACAACCAAAAAAAACAAGAAACAAGCCCCCAAAACGAGAUCAAGUUAGAAGAGUUGUAGUGCGAACGAUUCCCUGCGGAAUUUCACGCAUGAAAUAACAGAAGCAGGCAGCGCACUCAGUUUUUGCAUGCUGUUGCUGCUGGAAGAAGGAGAAGGAGCCAACGCCCAUCAACAGCUACACAUGAACACGCCGCUGUGACAGGACGAGAGCACACGAGGAGGAGCAGACACCGGCACAAUUUCGUCAACUGCAGCGAGCGAGCAGUGUCAGCUUCAGGCCAUCAACGCAGCACCUCAUCUCACCAGUUCAUCCCUCCACUACAAUUGCUAGACCAGCAGCUGCUACAGUUACAGUUGCAGUUGCUCUCGUCAUCUGCUGUUGUCACUGGGCGAGCGCGGGCGAAGAGUUAAGACCAUAAGCAUACUAACUAACCCCCCUCAACAGCAAUCAUCAUCCUGAAAACCCAAACCCACAAUCCCUUUACUGUCACCAGCAACUCGCUACCAACUAACAAACAGCAGGAGCGCCGCAUCCGCAACCGGAGACGGAGCCAGAGCCAGAGCCAUAGAAGCAUAUCCCAAUGAAUCUGCUGUGCUGUUGUUGUUGCAGUAAUAUGGCACCGAACCAGCGCGUCACACGCAAAUGGGAACUGUUUGCCGGACGCAAUAAAUUCUACUGCGAUGGAUUGCUAAUGUCCGCACCGCACACGGGUGUCUUCUACUUGACGUGCAUCCUGAUUACUGGCACCAGUGCCCUCUUCUUUGCCUUCGACUGCCCAUUUUUGGCGACGCGCAUUAAUCCGGUGAUUCCCAUCGUUGGAGCCGUGCUGUACUUCUUCACGAUGAGCUCCUUGCUGCGCACAACCUUCACGGAUCCCGGCGUCAUACCGCGUGCCUCCAAUGAUGAGGCUGCCUAUAUUGAAAAGCAAAUUGAAGUGCCAAACUCACUGAACAGCCCCACAUACCGACCGCCACCGCGCACCAAGGAGGUCCUUGUCAAGGGGCAAACGGUCAAGCUGAAGUAUUGCUUCACCUGCAAAAUCUUUCGACCACCGCGCGCCUCACACUGCAGCCUCUGCGACAAUUGCGUGGAUCGCUUUGAUCACCACUGUCCCUGGGUGGGAAAUUGCGUGGGCAAGCGAAAUUAUCGGUUCUUUUAUUUGUUUCUAGUCUCACUGGCAUUUUUAGCCGUAUUUAUAUUCUCGUGCUCUGUGACGCAUUUAGUUUUAUUGAUGAAAACCGAACAGGAGGUCUUCGAAGUAAUAAAGAAGGCGCCAUUUACUGUGAUUGUUGUGUUCAUUUGUUUCUUUUCGAUCUGGUCGGUGAUCGGGUUGGCUGGAUUCCAUACAUACCUGACGACCAGCGACCAGACAACGAAUGAGGAUCUCAAAGGAUCGUUCUCGUCGAAGGGCGGGCCACGCACCCAGAAUCCCUAUUCCCGAGGCAACAUUUGCCUGAACUGUUGCCACAUAUUGUGCGGUCCCAUGACGCCCUCGCUGAUCGACAGACGCGGCAUUGCCACGGACGAGUACAUACAGCAGAUGCAUCAUUCCAGCCCGCGGCAUGCACUGAGCGAUGUCAUCAGCGCCUCGCAAAUGGUGACCACAGCACAGCCGAUGCUGGGCGGUGGCAUGGGCGUCAUUGGUGGCAUCAGUGGAGCGGGCGGUGGCGUUAACAUUGGGGGCGCUGGCGUCGGUGGCGAGCUGAAGCCGCGCUUCUACGAUGAGUCGAAUCCCUCCUCCUCGACAUUGGAGAGCAACGGUGUGGCCGCUGCAACAACCGGAGCAGCCAAUGGCCACGGACAUGGCCAUGGGCAUGGUCACGGGAACGGCUUCGACCGACCACCCAGCUAUGAUACGCUCCAGAACGGUAAGUCCAAGUCGCGCCGGCAGCAGCAUCAGCGCUGCUCGCUGCAAACACUGUUGCCAGCCAGUGCACAGCAACAGUUCAAAGCCAACAAACACAAACAACUCAAACACCCAACACAACAACACCAUCAACAACAAUCGCAACAAGUGCAACUGCAACCGCAUCACAAGCAACAACUGAUGGCCGCCGAGCUGCAGUUGCAUCUGCAACAAGAGGCGCUAGCCAGUGGCAUGGCAACGCCGCCAUCGCUGCAACGUUCGCCGGCAACAUCGUCGUAUCGGCUGAACCUGAAGCGCUCGCUGCAUUUGCCACUGACGCCGUCGUACGACCCACGCAACUCGCCGCUGCCGCUUCUGCAUCAUCAUGUGCACUCGCAGCAGACCACGGCCAUUGGCAGCGUCUCGGCAGCAGCGGCGGCAGCUGCCGCCCAACUCGCCGCCGCUGCAGGUGGCGGAGUGAGCGGAGUCGGUGGUGGCUCCUCAUCGUCGGCGACAACGGCGCCCACAUCGGCCUCAAUGGCCACAGCGCCGCCGGCGCUAGCACCGCGUCGCCCCUCGACGUUGCAGUUGCAGGGCAGCGCAGCGAUCUCGGGCAGCCAGAGCACCGUGACGACCAUACAGACGUCGGCCCCACAGCCACCGGCACCGACGGACUUCAAAUACUAUUCCCCGCAACGCAGCACCGACUCGAAUCUGAUGCGUAACUAUCCAUUCCCCAAGUCGGCGCGUGGCAUGCGUCGGCAGUCGACGCAAUCGGUGGACUCACAGAAGGUCAACAUUGCCGGCUAUCAUCCGUUGCCCAUGCGCACGCGGUACAAGCAUCAGGAGGUGAUGUUUGAGCUGAAGUCACCGACGAACCGGUUGACUAUUCGAGAGUGUGAUUUUGGCGGUGGCGGCGAACCCUGCGACGACGAUCAGUCGAUCAAGGACAGCCAGAUCUUUCGUGUUAGUAAACGAAAUCUUUAUAUGAAUCAUCGGUCGCCGUGGAAGGAGCGCGAUCGGUACUCCAAUCUCUAUGAGUACUCUUUCAACAUCGAUCUCAAUUCGAUUAUCGAGGAUGCCGCGGGCAGUGAUUCGUCCUAGUACGCAGCUCGCAAACCGCAACAAGCAUUCGUCUUCAACACUGCCACCAGCACCACCACCACCACCACCAUCAUCAUUUCGAUCAUCAUCAGCAUCGCCAUCGAAACCAUUUACAUCAUCGGCUGUUGCGUAGUCUCAGUCAUUGAUUGGUUGUUAAACAAUAAAACGGCGCUCGAUUCGUCGAUGUCGAUGUCGAUUCUCCGGCGGAAACUUGGCGCAAUGCCUUCGAUUCCUAAUGCUGCUCGAUGGAAAUUUAUUUCGCAAAUUUCGUCUGAUAAUGAUAUACGUAUAAAAAUAACAACAAGACAAAAUAGUUGUACAACUUCACAAUUGGCUUCCGUGUGUCGCGCUUUUUUAUAAUUAGGCUAGCUAAUUAAUUAAUUGUAGUGCAUUUUAUAUUUGUAUUAUUUCUUGAAUUUGUGCACGCGUAGUUGCAGCAGAAAGAGUCGCGUUUGCCUUAUGAUUUGUGAUCCAAAAUUGUUGAAAUACCCCCCGCCCCGCUCUUCCUAACUAGUACGUGUAGCUUCCCCUUUGUAAAUUUUAUAAAAACUUGGUUCAUACAAACUUUUGCGUUUAUUUAGCACCCUAAAUCAUAGGCCAGAAGGAACCACGCUGUCGCACCGCCUACUGCCAACACGAGAGCGGAGCGUCAGUGUGACCAAGUAUUUUUCAGUUGUCGCAGCAACUAAUCGAAACACCUACACACACACACUCACAAACACUUGUGUAUAACCCAAAGUCUAUAUACAUACAAUAUAUAUAAAUGUUGAAAGUCCAUAUCCCGACGCCGCCACCUCCAAUAGCGAAUAGACCAAAACCAAAACCAAAUCCACACUAAAGUAAAGUAAACCUAAAGCUAACAGAAAAUUACAGCUUCGACAUGUCGAAGAUAAAAUACUCUUGCAGACAGGGGAUUAUUAAAAAUAAGAAAGCUAAGCCCACAAAUUAGCUUACUCCGUUCAAAAAACAGUGAGUUUUUAUACAAUUACGAAAGGAAUUGAGGAUCACGAUUAAAUCGUAAACAAUCUUACUUCAAAAUUGCAGCCUUCUAACUCUUACCGCUCAUAUAAGACGUUUAGAAUUUCCCAGUCUUAUUGCAAAAUGAAAUUUGGGAAAAAAACUUACUUCGUUGCAAAAUCAAUAAUAUUUAAGAAAAAAAACCGCUGAACACGAUCAAAUUUCGAAAACAACCUCAAUUAAAAAUUCAGCCUCCUAGCUCUUUCAAUUUGAGCUUUGAGAAAUCAAUCAGUCAGUCAAGCACGCAGUUUUUUAUAAGUAUAUAAUAGAAUGCUAUAAAGGAAGCCAAUCCGAUCCAUUCUAAUUUAUUAUACAUUUGCUUACUAUACAACUUUACAAUGAGUUGAAAUGAACAAUAAAAACUAGGGAAGUUGCCACAAGACUGGCUUAGCUAUAUUGAUACUUAUAUAUGUGUGUUUAUCUAAAGAGGUUUAUCAUCGAUUUCUUCAACUUGACUCCAAUCUAAUGACAAAAUCCUCUGCAAGGGUAUUAAGAAGAGAGCAAAUCCAUUGCCACGACCUUUGCAUGUUGAGCUUGGUUCGUAAUGAAUUGAGACUUUUAAUUUGUGUUGAAUAACGAGUAUUUAGCCCUUGAUUUUGCCCGCAGUCACUUGUGCAAUUUAGUUGAAAAUUUAAUUUUUAAGGUUUCAAAAAAAUGAAAAUGAAGAAAAAAUGUAAACACACAGCGACAGACAGACAGUUACACACAUUUAUGAAGUUAGCAAACAAUAAAUUGAAUAGCCAAACAACUGCCAUUUAUCGACAACAAAACCAGAGAAAAAGUCAAAGAAAAAAACAUUUUGUUUAACGUACUUUCAUUUCGUCUUUUUACGAAUCGAAAAAUAUAAAUUCAAUAAGAAUUUGAUAUCAAUUUUAAUAGAUAUGUAAUUUUAAAAGAAACCAAAACAAAACAACAAAGUCUAGUCUUACUAACUAAACAGAUGCAUUGGCAUUGUAAUGCAAACAAAAAUAUUGGAUAUUUAUUAGGUAUCAAAUUGCCAAGUGACUGCAAAUAUGUCAAAAAAUAAGAAAAUACAUAAAUAAAUAUGUUAAAACUGAGAGACAAAUAUUUAUACAUAAACAAAUAUAUAAACUAGUUGUAAAUGUUAACAAAAAAAAAACGAAAAACAAAAAAAUAGAGCUAAUCCUCGAUACUGAAGAGAACGCAUUGGAUUUUAAGUGAAAUGAUAAUUACUUAAUUUAGAACAAUAAGUCGGCUUACUGUAAAACGGCACAUUGACAGCAUUAGCUUGUGCCCAGUCUUAAAGGCUAUCAAUGUUAACCAUAAACAAUAUAUAUAUACACAUAUAUAUUAAUGAAAAUGAUAUAUAUAUAUAAAGAUUAUAUAUUAUAUAUACAUAAAUGAGUUCCUUUUAGCAAUGGAAAAGUUAUGAAAUGAAUGCAUACGUAUUGAAUAAUAAACUGAAGACACUUACACAUUCACACACAGACAAACAGACACACAUACAUAUAAAUAAUUAUACCUAAAUGUUGGGCAAUAAAUGUACGCUAUAAAGCAUAUUGAAAUGUUAACGAAUUAAAUUGGAAAUCAAGUAACGAAUUGUAUACACUAAGAGAGAUAACUAGAGUUAAUUCCUACACACGCAUCAUAUGUACACACUGAGAAUUGAGAUAUACAAUUAUGUACACACUGACACUGAAGUGAUGAUCUCGUGUGUACACACUGAAACGAUUCUACUAUCUCACACACACACACCCAUACACACGUGCACACAGCGGCAGUCGAAUUUGGACGCCAUUUUGUAAAAGUUGUGCGCUUUUUCUAGUUCGCUGUCAAUCGCCGCCUUGUUUGAGUUCCAGUUGCGUGAUAUCAUUUCAUAUCACAUGAAUUGAAAAGUCAAGCAAAUAAACACACCUUCCUUUUACACACACACACACACAUACACACUCGCGCACACACUAAUGCCAAACUCUUUUCUAUAUCUUUCAAUUUAACUUGACUAUGGAACAACCCAAACAAACGAAAAAAAAAACCAAAUACCAUAAAAAAUUUGUGUCUUGUAAUUUAUCUAAAAACCAAAACCAAAAAAAACUAACGCAAUUGAGUGAAAGCUUUCGUGGGCCGCUUAAAACUAGAGUAAAACCUAACAAAAUGCGUUAUAUGGCUCAAUUGGGUAAUUCCAAUAGUUUAGCCCAGCUAGUUGACAACGAAAUUCCAUUGGCCCAAAUGGAUAUGCCGUCGUACAGCCAGCAGACAGCAACACAG